AGCCUCACUUCUCCCUUUCCUUUCCUUCCCCUUCCCAAUCCCUAAUCCCCAUUCCCAUUCCCAUUCCCCCGCCAAAAAAACCCAAUAAAAAAUAAUACACAAACCAAAAAAAACCAAAACAAAACAAAACAAAAAAAACCCACCACCCACACAACAAUAAGCCAUUAGAGAAACCACCACAUACUUCUUUCAUGCCCUCAUGGAUGCUGGUAACGCCGCCGGCGACAACCACCAAAACCACAACCACAACCGCGGCGGCGGCGAUGAUCACCAUCUCCACCUCCACCACUUCCAACAACACCACCAACACCGCCCCACCUUCCCCUUCCAGCUCCUCGAGAAGAAAGAAGACGAGCCCUGCUCCUCCUCCUCCGCCGCCGCCUACCCUUCCCUCCUCGACCUCCCUUCCACCUCCACCUCCACCGCCCUUACUCCCACAAGCAUAGCUCCCACGGCGGACCAGCAGCAGCUACAGACGACGACGACGACCAAAAAGCCGCCGCCGAAGCGGACCUCUACCAAGGACCGACACACAAAAGUCGAUGGCCGCGGGCGGCGGAUCCGGAUGCCGGCCCUCUGCGCCGCCAGGGUCUUCCAGCUGACCCGCGAGCUCGGCCACAAGUCCGACGGCGAGACCAUCGAGUGGCUCCUCCAGCAGGCCGAACCCGCCGUCAUCGCCGCCACCGGAACCGGUACCAUCCCGGCGAACUUCACCUCCCUCAACAUCUCCCUCCGAAGCUCCGGCUCCACCCUCUCCGUCCCCUCCCAGCUCAGAUCCGCCGCCGCCGCCGCGGCCGGGCUCGGGUUCAACCCUAAUUUCUCAAUUCAGAACCGCCGCAGCCUCUUCGGCCUCGAUCCGCAGCCCACGACGUCGUUUCUCAACUUCCAGGGUGGGAAUUUCGGGAAUAAUCAAACGUCGUCGUCGUCGAAGCAGGAGGUGAGGGAGAGCUCGGAGGAGGCGGCGGCGGCGGAGGAAGGGGGGAUGAUGAGCAGGAAGCGGAGGAAUAGCGAUGAGCAGCUGGAUUUGUCGUCUUCUUCGAAUCAGCAGCAUCAGAUGGGGAAUUAUCUGCUGCAGUCGAGUUCCACGGGAGCGAUUCCGGCCAGCCAGCACCAGAUUCCCGCAGGGAACUUCUGGAUGGUGGCGAAUUCCGCCGGGAUGGGGGCGGACCCGAUUUGGACCUUCCCCUCCGUCGGCGGCGCCAACAGCGGCCUCUACAGAGCGGCGGCUGCCAGCAACAUGGCCGGAGCGGGAUUGCACUUCAUGAACUUCCCCGGCGGAGCGCCGGUGGCUUUGCAGCUGCCGCCUGGCGGCGGCGGGCAGCAAUUUGGGAACAUGGGGGAAGCGCAGCUGAACUUAAUGGCGGCAGGGCUGAGUAGUAGUACGGCCGCAGCGGCGUAUCGUCAUCACCACGCGGCGGCGGCGGCAGCGGCAGCGUCGGAUUCUCAGCAAGCGAGUGGAUCGCAGCAGGGAGGCGGCGGAGGAGGGAGCCGCGAUGAUCGGCAUGAUGCCAGCAGUCAUCAGUCGUAAUUGUGUGCGCGGUAAAAAAAAAAUUUAAUCACACGUGAGGUUUGAUUGUGCUCUCUUUGCUGAUGAGUUUUUUUUACUGUUUUUUUUACUUUUCGGGCUUUUUCUCUCCCUUUCCUGUUGAUUUUUUUUUUUACUGAAUUAUUAUUAUUAUCAUGAUGAUCAUUAUAUUCGACAUUUUUUCUGUGUGAUGAGAGGAAGGAUGGGGAGAGGAGUGUGUUCUCUUUUUUUUUUUCCAGAGAGGGGGAAUGGAUGGUUUGGGAGGGAAGAAGUGAUGAUAAGAUAUUAUUGAAAAAAUAAUCAUUCAUAUAUAUGCUAUUACUAUUAUUUGCAUUAUUAUUUGGAAAAAGGGUUAUCUUCUUUUUCUAUUUCUAACAUUCCCCUCCUUAUUUAAGAGUAUAAAUUAGGGGAUUGAUA